AUGCCCAUGGCUUUCGCGGCAAUACAGGCUGCCGCGGCUCUGGUGGCUACCUACAACCAAAGUCUCUAUACCAGCAUGAAGGAAUUGAAUUCCAAUUUUACAGUUAGCAAGUCCAUUGAACCAUUCUUCAAUAUCGCCGGAGAAUUCAUAACCGAUACUCUUAUCACUGGAAAUAUAACCGUGGAUUCUAUGAAAAUUGGGAUUUUGGAUGUGGCUGGUACACAGAACGUUCUUGGAUGGGGCUAUGGUGAAGCAAACUCGUCUUUCAUCUCUCUUCCUGAAGCACUGGUUAAUGCUGGCACCAUCAAAUCACCAGCCUUCAGCAUAUAUGUGGAGAAGCCUGUCUAUUCCCCACACACAAGAAUUCCAGAAGAUCGAGAGCACGGCAUUAUUCUUUUUGGUGGUGUCAACAAGUCUAAAUACAAUGGCACAUUGGAGACACUUCCUAUUGUGGAAAACCUUACAGAUCAUAGAAAGGCAUUUCGUGUUGAUAUGACCGGCCUUUCUAUCAAUGAAACGUCGGUGCUUCCUGAGGCAUUUCCAACUCAGGCUUUAUUCAAUCCUUCGAACUAUUACACCUAUAUGCCCGAUCCCAUCGCGAACCGUGUCUUCUCUGAGUUAGGUAUCAUUGAAUCUCCAAUGUUUGGGCCAGCCUCUAUUCCAUGCAAUCUAACCUCCAGCGGCAUCACACUCACAUUCGAAUUCGGAGCUGCAAAAUUCAAUCUGGACAUUGGUCUAUUCAUUGAGACAUAUAGCAUGUAUAAUGAGAAAACUAUUUGCUACUUUUGUGUGAGCACGAAGACUGAUAAUACAGACGCAAACAGUGUCGUGCUCGGCGCAAGUUUUCUUCAACAGAUCUAUACUGUCUAUGAUAUGGGCAACGAUGAAAUUUCUCUUGCGCAGAGAAACUGGGACUCCAGUGAAGACGAGAUCCUCGAGAUCGUGACGGAGAAGCAUGAAAUCACGACGGAGAAGCAUGCAGUCCCCGAGGCUAUGUUGGAGGGAGACGAUGCAGAUAACACCGAUGACUCGAAAGUCAGUGGUGAUAGCGAGGAUAAAAAGUCUGUCGGAUCCCACAUUGGGGAAAGCACAGGCCUACAGCUCUCUCUUUCUAUAUUUGUGAUCUGGUCUUUCUUUUGUUAA